UCUUCAUGCAUUAUCGUUUUGAAGGGAAACGGAAUUUGUUUUUCCACUUUUAAUUAUUAAACAUUUCCUAAAUAAAUGUUAUUAAAUCGCAAAUUCAUCGCUUUUAUAUAAACAAAAUAGUUAAUAAAAACGAAAAUGGAUCACAGGAGUCUUCAUGCUCCUGUCGACUUCAAUAAGUCCAUCGAGGAGAUGACACCAGAAGAAAAAGCAAGAUAUGAUCACCAGAUGAUGCAUGAAAAACACAAGGGUCAUGAAGCAAUGCACUCGGAAAUUGUGCUAAUUUUGUUUGUAACUUUAAUUAUAGCACAAAUAGCUCUAGUACAAUGGAAAAAGAAACAUUAUAAGUCAUAUUCUGCCGUCACAUUGCUGGCAAUGUGGGUCAUACCAUUAGGCAUAUCAUUCUUCUACGGUUUCAUACGCUUUAUAAUUAUAUGGUCCAUAUUUUCCAUUAUCACAGCUGUUGUGAUAAGAAAAGCUAUAAGUAAACCCAUUGAAGGAUCUACGCCAAGAUUGGUCUACAAAUGGUUUUACUUUAUUUACAAAUUAAGCUAUGGUCUGGGCAUUGUGGGCUAUCUGAUAAUGAUGGCCACAUUUUUGGGUUUUAAUUUCAUAUUCAAUCAGGCACCACAUAUUUGGAUGGAUGUCGGUCUUAUGUUUGUAUUCUAUGGCCUUUACAUUGGUGUUUUGGGUAGGGAUAUUUCGGAGAUAUGUUCAGAGAGAAUGGCAUCAUUAGUGGGGUACUACACGCCCCAGGGAAUUCCCACCAGACAUUUGGAGGAAAAUGUUUGUGCUGUCUGCGGUAAUCAAUUGUUGGUUAGUGAAAAGGAAGAAGGCAUCAUAGAGAACACAUAUAAACUAUCGUGUAAUCAUGUGUUCCAUGAAUUCUGCAUACGUGGCUGGUGUAUUGUUGGCAAAAAACAAACAUGCCCCUAUUGCAAGGAAAAAGUUGAUCUCAAAAAGAUGUUCUGUAAUCCAUGGGAACGUCCACAUGUCCUGUAUGGUCGUCUCUUGGACUGGAUUCGUUUUUUGGUAGCAUGGCAACCAUUAAUAUUCUUCAUUGUACAGGGAAUUAACUAUGCUUUAGGCUUAGAAUAGUAACAGUUUCCCUUAAUUUCCUAGUCAAGCUAUAGUUGUACAAGACAGCCAGACACACUCAUACCUAAAUAUAGCAAAUAGAAAUUAUAUUUUCACAUGCCAUUUUUUCUCGUUUUUGGGUUAACUUUUGUGUUUUUCGUUUAACUUAUUUUUUUUUGUUCUCCCACCAAAAAACAAAAUAUAAACAUUGUUUUCUUUUAUAAGUGAUUUAGCUAUUAAAAAAUAAAGUCAACAGAAAAUAUGUAUAAUUUCAUUUUAUACAACCAAAAAUAAAACAUGCCUUUUCAAGAA